CAAACAAAAACAAAAUGGACCGAAAUCAAUCCCCGCCGGAAAAUCUCAUCCUCGUCGACCGCGGACUGGACGGGAUCGCCUACGUCACCAUCAACCGUCCCAAGCUGCUCAACUCCCUCACCAAGCCUAUGAUCACGGAUCUCGCCCGGGCCAUCAAGUCCCUCAACCAAGACGACUCGGUCCGGGUCAUCAUCCUCUCGGGUACGGGUCGGUCCUUCUGCUCCGGCGUUGAUCUCACCGCCGCCGAGGACGUCUUCAAGGGCGACGUCAAGGACGUCGAGACCGACCCCGUCGCCCAAAUGGAGCGCUGCAAGAAGCCCAUCAUAGCCGCCGUCAACGGCUUCGCCGUCACCGCCGGAUUCGAGAUCACUCUCGCCUGUGACGUCGUCGUCGCCGCGAAAGGAGCCAAGUUCAUCGACACUCAUGCCAGAUUUGGGAUUUUUCCGUCGUGGGGGUUGUCGCAGAAGCUGUCGAGGAUUAUAGGGGCGAACAAAGCGCGUGAGGUGUCGCUGACGGCGGCGGCAUUGACGGCGGAGGUGGGUGAGAGGCUGGGGUUUGUGAACCAUGUGGUGGAGGAGGGUGAGUUGAUGAAGAAAGCGCGGGAACUAGGUGAGGCGAUUGUGAGGAACAACCAGGACCUGGUGGUGAGGUACAAGGCUGUUAUUAAUGAUGGGCUUAAGCUGGACUUGGGUCAUGCUCUUGCAUUAGAGAAGGAAAGGGCUCAUGAAUAUUACAAUGGAAUGACCAAGGAUCAGUUUAAGAAGAUGCAAGAGUUUAUAGCUGGCCGGAGUUCCAAAAAGCCUUCUUCCAAGCUGUAGAAGUUCUAAUAGUCUUGUUAUUCACUGUAAGUAUAAAAACAUUGAGGGAGCAUAUUGCUGGGAAUCAUUCAGUCUGUCCUAAUAGAUCACAAGUCAAUAGACAGUUCAAUGUUAUUGGGUAUCUGGUGUUUGUUAAUUGCAACCCUGCUACCCUAUUCUCCUCUCUUCA